AUGGCAUCAUCAUCAUCUUCUUCUUCAUAUGCUUUUACAUAUGAUGUUUUCUUGAGUUUUAGAGGUGAGACACGAGGAUCUUUUUCUGAUCAUCUCUAUGCAGAUUUGAAGCGGGGUGGGAUUAACACUUUUCGAGAUGAUGAAUCGAUUCGAAGAGGCGAGGAUAUUUCUAAUGAGCUGUCUAAGGCCAUAGAGGAGUCAAGGAUAUCUAUCAUCGUAUUCUCCAAAGACUAUGCCGGAUCUAGAUGGUGUCUAGAUGAGCUCGUGAAGAUCAUGGAAUGUAAACAGAAGUUGAACCAAGUUGUUUAUCCUAUAUUUUACGAUGUUGAUCCUUCGGAAGUUCGAAAACAGACUGGCAUGUUUGGUGAUGCAUUGACCCUACAUAGUGAACGAUUUGGGGAUCAAAAAGUUAAUGAGUGGAAAGUUGCACUCAUUGCAGCUGCUAAUUUGUCUGGAUGGGAUUUACAAACCGUGAAAAAUGGGUAUGAGUCAAAGUUCAUUGAGGCAAUUACUAAAGAUGUGCUAGGGGUGCUGAAUUUUGUGCCCAUGAAUGUUGCAAAACAUCCCGUUGGAAUUAAUUCUCGUGUUCAAGAUAUACUUGAUUUAUUGCAAACUCAAACAAAUGAUAGUGUUCGAAUGAUUGGAAUUUUUGGCAUGGGUGGUGUGGGAAAAUCAACCCUUGCUAAGGCCAUAUACAAUCAUUUGAUCAUGAGUUGUCACGAGUUUGAAGGUAGUUGCUUUGUUGCAAAAAUUAGACAAGAAGUUUCUAAUAAGGGGCACAAAGGCCUAGUUGGUUUACAAGAAAUGCUUCUUCGCAAAACACUCAAGAGAAAGAUGUUUGAAAUUGAUAACGUUGAUGAAGGAAUAAGUUUAAUCAAAAGAACAUUGCAAUCAAAAAAGGUUCUUAUUGUUCUUGAUGACAUAGACCACAUAACUCAACUAGAAUCAUUAGCAGGACAACGGAAUUGGUUUGGUUCAGGUAGUACAAUUAUACUAACAACUAGAGAUGUUCACCUGUUGAAUGACCUUGGAACACAAGAGAAGUACAUGGUUAAAACAUUAAGCAUUGAUGAUUCGUUGCAACUCUUAUGUUGGCAUGCUUUUGGAGUUCCUGUACCAUUAGAGGAGUAUAAUGAAUUAUCCAAAAGGAUAGCAAGUUAUAGUGGCGGACUUCCAUUAGCACUUACAAUUAUAGGUUCUCAUUUGCGUGGAAGAUCUGUGCAAGAGUGGUUCGAAGAUGCUGAGAAGUUAAGAAGUAAUCCUCAUGAAGAUGUUCAAAAAAUGCUUAAAAUAAGUUAUGAUGCACUUGAUGAUGAUACUAAGAACAUCUUUCUUGAUAUUGCUUGUUUUUUUGUUGGGCAUGACAAAAAGGACACUGCUAUGAUAUUGAAAGCUUGUGGUUUUCAUGCUAAAAGUGGAAUAAGAAGUUUGAUAGAAAGAUGUUUGUUAGCAAUACAUGGUGGUGGAGAAUCUGACAGGCUUGAGAUGCAUGAUUUAGUACGGGAUAUGGGAAGAGAAAUUGUUCGAAAGGAAUCUCCAAAACAUCCUGGCCAACGAAGUAGAUUGAUUGAGCGGAAUGAUGUCUUUGAUGUUCUUGAAGGCAACAAGGGCACGGAAGCAAUUGAAGGGGUGCUUGUAAAUUCAGAAGUCCUAAAGAAUGUGGUUUUGAAUACCAAAGUAUUCACAAGGAUGGUAAAGGUAAGAAUACUUAUAAUGGAUGGUGUGCUUCUUAAAGGAUCUUUUAAAUAUUUGCCCAAUACGCUUAGGCUAUUUAGAUUGCAUAACUGUCAAUUGAGCCGCAUAUCAUCUGAUUUUCGCUUUGAGAAACUUGCUGAGUUAGACUUGGAAGGUAGCAAUAUCGAAGAAUUUCAACCCAACAUGCAGCAUUUUAGGUGCUUGAAGAUCUUAAAGUUUGAUAGGUGUAAACAACUUAAGAAAAUGCCGGACUUCACCGGGGCAGAGAAUCUCAAGACAUUAUCAUUCAAAUCUUGUUUGAAUUUGGUAAAGGUGCACCCAUCGAUUGGAGUUUUGAAAAAACUUGUUAAGCUAGAUCUCAUGGAAUGCAUGAAAGUGAAGGAGCUUCCAAAUAACAUUUGCAAUUUAAAAUCACUCGAGAUUUUAAGUUUGCGCGGUUGCGAAAAGCUGAAGGAGCUUCCAAUUGAAUUGGGAAAAUUAGAGCAACUAAUAGAAUUAGAUGCUUAUGGAACUGCAGUCUCACAUAUACCCUUUUCUUUGGGAUGUUUGAGAAAUCUACAGACAUUGUACAUGUGGUCACACAACAAGGGGUUAGUACAAUCAAAAUCAAAACCUCAACUUCUUCAACUUUUCUCAAGAAGAAAUCCUAGUGAUCCAGGUGGUUUUGUUCCACCUUCAUUUGUGAAUUUAUGCUCCUUGAAACAUCUAAUUGUGUCUUACAACUAUCUGGGUGAGGUAGAUCUUGGGACCUCUCUUGGGAAUCUAAGCUCAUUGGAAAAUUUAGAUUUAUCAGGAAGAUGCUAUCUUCAAAGCUUACCUUUCGGCCUUUCUCAUCUUUCCAAUUUGACAAGGCUCUAUUUGAACAAUUGGCGAAAUCUUAAAGCACUUCAAGACCUUCCUCCUAAUUUGAAUCUACUCUCCGCAGAAAAUUGUGUGUCAUUGGAAAAAAUAGCAGAUAUAUCAAACUUGAGACAACUUAGAGAGUUGAACUUUGAGAAUUGCAAAAGUUUGGUUGAGCUUCCAGGGGUGGGGAGUCUUGAAUUCUUACAAUGUCUUGCAAUAGCAAACUGCAGUGCUUUGAGUAUUCCUUUGAUUGAAAAUUGGUACAAGGCACGUUGUGAAGGUGAUAAUCUCAAGAUUUGGGUUCAAGUCAUUAGAUAUGUAAGUUCUGUAAGUUGCAGAAUUCCAACAGAUUUAAGGCAGUAUGGGUUCGAAAUGUUGUUCCCACUCUUGAACGAUGAUCACAUUAAUGGAGUUGGUGUUAGUGUGAGAAGCAAAAGCAGUGGGGCUUGGAUUGUAAAGGAACCUCCUCAAACUCAAUAUAUUGGGAUCAAAGAAUAUGAGGAAAUUGAAUUUGAGAUCCCAACAAGGAUUGAACAAGUAAUGGAGGUGUAUGCACAUUUCCAUGGUGUGCAGAAGAUACUUUGUGUAGUUGAAAUACAUAGAAACAGAGAUGGAGAAGUGAGGUUCUUCCCAUCCAACAGGGGAUGGAUUGCUGCUGCAUCUUAA